CAGCUGUAGUGCCAAAUAUAUUUCACUUGAAAAAUCUGACUGAUUAAAGCUUUUAUUUCAAUUAUUCUUUAGUAUAUUAGGAAAUAUAUAGACAAAUUAAAUAUGGAUGACUUCGAGAAGGAGAAUGAAAGUGACCGUAACAAGGACCGAAGCCCAUCUCCCGGUGUUAAGUCAACAGCGGUUGUCAAAUAUACAGCAUUUCAAAGCCCAGUAGGAUAUGCUAGACUGCAAUGUAAUACAGAUCUCAACCUACCCCCUUCCAACUGGGGUGGGAUCGACACAUAUGGCCUUAAACAGAUUAUUACGAGAGAUAGUGGGCUUUCAAGUUUUAGAAUGGCGCAUAUGUUUCCUGACUGUGUCGGUGAAGUGGAUGUUAUUUCAGAUGCGGAAUGCAUAAAAAAAUUACUUAAAUUGCCCUACCAGCCCAAUGGAACAGUUAGCAUGAUGGUGCACAGAGUAGAGAACACACUACUUUUAGAUGAUUUUGAUGUUUAUGAGUAUCUAAUGAAGUCCGAAUGGUCUUGGCUGAAAGAUUUCUUCUAUGAAAACAUUCUUAAAACUAUGUCCGAAAAGGAACGUAUGUCCUUGACGUUCGCUCCGAGUCCCAGCUCAGCAUUACAGUUGACGCAUAAGUUUCUGUCUCAUAGCGUGGUAGAGCUACCUCAGCCUUUACCUAGUGUUGUACCUCAUACUCCUAUGUGCUUAGCCGGGCCCUUUCUUCCUGAACCCGACACUAGACCAGAAGAGCCGACCAAUGAGAAGAGUUUCAACCGAAACGUUCUCUGGACGUUUGAAGAAAUACACAUGUUAAUCGGCAGCAAUCUACCAAUAUUCGGUGACAAAGACCGACCAUGUGUCAGUCUCCGUUUAAGGGACGCCAGGGAACCAAUAAACGUACUGACAGGUAUAGACUACUGGCUGGACAACUUGAUGUGCAACGUACCUGAAGUUCUAAUGUGCUACCAUCUAGACGGCAUAGUACAGAAGUACGAGCCGAUGAAAACCGAAGACUUACCUAAUAUGGAGAAUUCGAGAUUUUCACCGAAAGUCAUAAGAAACGUCGCCCAGAAUAUAUUAUCGUUUCUUAAAUCGAAUGCCACGAAAGCGGGUCACACUUACUGGCUGUUCAAGGGGCCGCACGAUGAUGUGGUGAAGCUGUACGACCUGACGUCGCUCUGUCCAGAUGACAUGGACAACCCGUUCACGACGCCGGUAGCCAUGCUCCUGUACAGAGUGGCCAGGAACAUGCGGCUCAUGAACAGGUCCAAACACGUGAGGCAGCUGCUGGAACACGUCGUGGAACUGCUGCAAGAGGAACGCUAUCCGCAGAUCGUGGCUUCUUCGCACUACAUGUUGGCAGAUUUGUACGUGCCGGCGACUACUAAUCCAGCUUGUCCCAAUUUUAAAGAUGAAAGUUCAGACUCCGAGGAAGAAUCUGAUUUCGGAGACUAUGCCGAGUUCCCCCCCCACACCAAGUCGGAAGGAGACGGCGGAUGUGAGCGAGACAAGUGCGACGACGACAACGUGGAGAUCGUGAGCGACGCCACAGACAAGCCACAGGCGGCGAGCGGUGCGGCGUUGUCGCUGCAGUGUACGAGCGACUGCACGGGGGCGGGCGCACGCGGACUGGCGCUGCGGGACAUCGGACACCGCCGCUCUGCGCGACGCACGAAUGAGAAAAUCAAAAGAGAUGGCAAUAAAGGCUUGGGACUCGAACCAGCGACUCGUUGUGGAAGGGCGCUGAAACACGCCCUCAAGGGACUUAAAGCAUUGCAUCAUCUCACUAUUGAUAAAUCAAAGGAAGAAGAACGCGAGCGACUCAGACAACAAAUCAUAAUUGAAGAGCAACAUCCUAAAAUGGCAAAUCCCUAUGAACCCAUUUCAAUGAACUACGAACCGCUAAAACGCAACAAGGACGGCAAAGAACACGUAUCCAGGAGCAGGAGACGCAAGAAGGAGAGGAAAAACACGGAUAAAGCUGGAAACUGUUUGAUAGAGUCUAAAUCGAACAUAGACAAGAACGCCAUAUUAGUUAGAAAGGAGAAUAACACGUUACCAAAUUGGCACGAACCCAAUAGAGAUGACAAUUUCGCGUGGAAACUCCACUUGAAGACUUUACUAUACGAAAAAAUAUGCCUUGCUUAUGCAACACUGGCCGAAUACAGCUACUCACAUGAACAGUUCGGCUUUUCCCUUAAGUAUAUUCAUUUGGCCAGCAAAUGUCAAAAGUUGUUAAGUAAUAUGAUUAUAAAAAGUCGCGUCGUCGACGCUGGCUGUCUCAUUGGUAGAGUCGGUGACAAUUUCUUCCAACUCAGCAAAAAUUGGGCCAGCUUAGAGCAGUUCAAGAAGCAGUUCGAGACUGACCACGAUAUCGAUGGUCAGAUAAAAUUGGAGAUUGAAAAAGAUAUGGCGGAGGAGAUCGAUGGUGAUGCAGGGGAUGAGUUUGAAUUAGAGAUCGCGCUCCCGCUGUGCGAGACGGACUCGAUGUUGGCAUCGUGUCGGUACUACGAGCGGGCGGAGCGGGCGUCGGCCGACGUCACGCACAAGCGGGGCGAGCUGCUGCGCAGGCGAGCCUCCGUCUGCAACGAGCUGGCCGUGCGGUACAUGCACGACGCGCAACAGAUCUACAUUAAAUACGCUGAAGAAGCAGACCAAACUGAUCCCAAAGUGGAGCAACUCCGAGAGCAAUUCUUGACGUUCUCCCGUCGCUCCUCCGAGUGUCUCGACGAGGCCACAGCGAUAUUUGAGCAAGUCAAGGAUGUGCCUAAUUUAGCUCUAUUAUAUUGCAACAAGGCGAGGUACAUGAGGUUCAAGGCUCAUUGUGAUCAGGGAAACUUUAACUCCCAGAAGCGUAGCCUGUACAGCCAGGCGGAGGAGCUGUACUCGUCCGCGCUCAAGCUGCUCGGGCCGCGGGAGUCGUGCGGCGCCGUCUCCGUGUGGGACCUGGUCUCCUGGGAGCUGUCCUGCCAUCUCUACACCAGGGCGGUGCUCAUGCAGGACUGCCCUAGUUUAUAUGCUAAUGAAGUGUCCGAGGUGGCGGACGCGUUCAAGCACGCGCUGAGGCACUGCCCGCUGAGCCCGGGCCCGCGCCAGUACCUGUACCAGUUCCGCGCCGCCAUGAUCUACCACCGGCUGGGCUCGCUGCACCACGCGCAGUUCCGCGCCGCGGACGGCCCGCGCCGGCGCGGCCUGCUGCUCGCCACGUGCGCGAACUACGAGCGCGCCGCGCGGCAAUUCGCGGCGCUGGAGGACGCCGCCAUGUUCCUCACCGUGCGCCUGGAGCACGUCGCCGCGCUGGAGGCGCACGCCGCCGUAUCACCGAAUCUCAAACUGAAGGCACUCCAGAACGCAAUAGAAUUACUGAGGCAGUGUCACUCCAUAAUGAAAGUCUUAAAAGAUCGCGAACCCGAAGAAAACAAGGAAGUUCCGAAGUCCGAAGAGCACAAGGAAGUUCCGAAGUCCGAAGACCACAAGGAAGUUCCGAAGUCCGAAGACCACAAGGAAGUUCCUAAGUCCGAGGACGGUGAUGAGAAAACGCUGAAAGACGAACAUAGUCUCCUCUGCCUUUACGAAAAUCGAUUGAAUUUCAUAUUAAAAAGCGUCAUACAGUAUUGCAGAUCGAAAUCUAACAAGGAUUACGAAAAAAUGACAGACAUGUAUAAGAAAUUGUAUUGCGCUAGUUUGAAGAUUAAAAAAUCGGAUAACGUUAGAUUAUAUGCGGCCAGUAUCUGUAACGUGCUCACUGCUAUGGAUGAUAUUAGCAAGGAGUUUGAAUAGAUAUUUUUUAAAACUGUUUUUAAAAAGUUUUGCUUACCGUUGUAUUUCAAAUUUAUUAAAUAGCUUUUCCUCAUGUCAAAGUGAUAACGUGAUCGUUAAAAAAAGAUAGAAAAAUCGGUGAGGUUUUUUUUGGAUAGACAGAAAUGUCAAUGAGCUCUCAUCGACCGGAAGCGGGUUUCAAACCUUUUUUUGAUGUGAAACAUCUAUUGGUGAUCUCUUUUGAUAUCAUAAAUCCUUCCAUUCUUGUGUGCGUGGCGCGUAUACAAAAUAAUUCGAUGAUAUAUAUUUAUAUAAAAAUAAAAAUUAUGAAACUAUAUUUCAAUUUACUUCACUUCAUUCAUUCAUUCGUUUCCAUUCAUUAUAAAUUCUUUUCUUAACCUCCUUCAUAACAAUUUCCUUCCUUGACGGCCAAAUUUUUUAUUUGUGUUAAGCUUAUAUUGUAAAUCUAACAAAAUGUUUUUAA